UUGGUCGGCGCGGCGCGAGUCACGAGUGAUCCCGUCAGUGCGACGCGGAACGCGUUCCUGGUCGGGUUGACGCUCGUGGGUCACCUCGGACCCAUCCCAUCUCUUUUCUCUCUGUCUCUCCUCUUCUGUCUCUCCGGUUUUUCUCGCUCCUUCUCUCCAUCUCUCUCUCUGUUUCGCCGGAGAGAGAGAGAGAGAAACCACGUUGUACGCGCGGCAGGACGAGAGAUCUGUAUAGGGUGUUCUGUGUGUUGAGUGCCUCGCUGUUCCGUACCCCCGCGGGUCUGUGUGCGUGCGGCAGGGUGCGUAGAAGUUAGUGGUGGUGCGACAGAAUGCGGUACAACGACCGCAUAAAUGAGUAAUCGAGCGAGAACCGGUCGGAAGGACGAGGAUCCCGGCGGAAAGGACGCCAGCCCGUCGCAGGACUCCAGCCGCUGUGCAUAGACGACGACGGCGGCGGCAGCGACGACGACAACGGGAACAGGAACGACGUCGACGACGACGACGACGAAGAAGAAGAGGAGAAAGAGAAGAAGGGCGUGGGGCGCGGAAGGAUCGAUCGUGGAGGUCGAAGAGGUGGCCGAUCGUCGAAGGUGAGGCGGAUAGAGGACCGGGUGAAAGAAAAAAAGGCUGCGGCGCGGCGGCGGCGGCGGGGUAGGGUCGAAAGGUUGAGCGACCUACGGAGGAGAAAGAAGAGAAAGAGAGGACGUGGCGGAACCGUGUUCCCUGGAGGAGGUGGAAGAGGAGGAGGAGGAGGAGGCGGAGGAGGAGAAGAACCGAGACGGAUCGCGGGAGAGAGGAGGGCGAAGAGAGGCCGAGAGAGGAAGAGAGAUGAGCCUGGCGGGUGACUCGCAAAGCGCGGUGGUCGGCUGUACGACGAAAGGCAGAUAGCGCCAUUAGUUGUUGCUGGGCCGAAGAACCUCGCGCCGAUGCCUGCUACGGCCCUGACCAUCGGCGAAGAAGGGGAAGAGGAGGGGGAGGGGGGCGAGGGGAAGCGGAGGAGAAAGAGGGCACGGACCCCGACCCGGAGCCGGAGCAAACGCAAACGGGCCCCGAGGGCCGCGAUGGUCCCCUCCAGGAACCCGGCGAACGGACAUCCGUCUUCUUCUUCGCUCCGUGGUUCCAUGAUGAUCUUCCUGGCGCUGGGCUGCCUCUCGAUCGCCGCCCAUGCCUCGCCUCUCCAUCCCGUGCCACCUCACACAGGUAUCAUCCAGAACUCGUACAUCGGUUAUUACGAGGUGGCCUCCUACGAUACGGCGGCCUUGAGACAUCAUCGUAACCGGAUGCGUCGCGAUGCCAGCAACGUCGUCGACGACCAGCCUCUGCUGCUCCAACUGAAGGCGCUCGACAAACAAUGGACAUUGCGUUUGAUUCGAGACAAGGGCCUGUUCAGCAGCGACGCGACGUUCGAGAGCACCGGAGGGCCCAUCCCCUUCGACACGUCGCAUUCCUACGUGGGCACCGUGUUGGAGCACGAGAACGCCAUGGUGCAGGGCAUCGUGACGGAGGACGGCUUGUUCGACGGCUGCAUCAUCACCGGAUUCGAGGAAUAUUACAUCGAGCCUACCAGCAGAUACUUGAAUAAAGAUAUGGACACGUCACCGUCCUAUCACAGCAUAGCUUAUCGUUCCUCGGACGUGUUGCCGCCGAGGCGGUCCCUGUCUUGCGCGAGUCAUCACCUGCAUCACGGGAAUCUUCAGGAUUCCUUGGAAAGGGAGGAGGAGGAGCAGCAGCGGCGGCGGCACGGCCACGGGAACGACUCCCGGACGUUUUACGAACCUUUGCUCGGCGAGAACGUGGCUCUCUACUCGAGGGAGAACAGCGCACGGGUUUUAACGUCGGAGGAGAAGGAUAACGCCGUGGCACGUACCGAAACAACCGGCGGCGGCGGCGGCGGCGGCGGCGGCGAAGAUCGUAUCCCGAGACAUUUGUACAAACGAGCCACCAUCGAUCCGCGGAAGACUACCUGCAUGAUCUACCUGCAAGCCGACCAUCAGUUCUUCGCGCGUUACGGCACCGAGGAGGCGUGCAUCGAGGUGAUGACCAGACACGUGCAGAGGGUCAACUCCAUCUACAGGCACACCGAUUUCAAUCAGGACGGCCGGCCCGACAACAUCAACUUCAUGAUCAAGCGUGUGAAAGUUCACAACGAGAACGCGCUCAAGGAUCCCAAUUAUCGAUUCCCCGGCAACUACGGCGUGGAAAAGUAUCUGGAGCGCUUCGCCGAGGAGGAUUAUGACGCGUUCUGUCUGGCUUACAUGUUCACCUACAGGACCUUCGAGCAGGGCACGCUCGGGCUCGCCUGGACCGGCGAUCUUACGAACGCGGGCGGAGUGUGCGAGAAGCAUGGCUACUAUCGGGGGAGCAUGAAGUCUCUGAACACCGGGAUAGUGACUCUGAUGAAUUACGGGAAGCACGUGUCGCCCGCAGUUUCUCACGUCACUCUGGCCCACGAGAUCGGUCAUAACUUCGGCUCGCCGCACGAUCCGGCAGAAUGCGCGCCGGGCGGGGAGGACGGAAACUUCAUUAUGUUCGCCCGCGCGACCAGCGGCGACAAGCGUAACAAUAAUCGUUUCAGCCCGUGCAGCUUGACUGCCAUCAACCCGGUUCUGAAUAGCAAGGCUCGCUCGCCGAAGGGCUGCUUCACUGAACCACAAGUGUCGUUAUGCGGGAACGGUGUGGUGGAGGAGGGCGAGGGAUGCGAUUGCGGCUGGGAGGAGGAUUGCAGGGACUCGUGUUGCUUCCCUCAGCGUCGGUACCCGCCAAGGGGCGAAACCCCGUGCACCCUCAGGGCAGGCUCCGUUUGCAGUCCCAGUCAGGGUCCGUGCUGCACCGCCGAGUGCGAUUUACGGUUCGGAGACAAAUGCAGGGACGACAAUGGAUGCCGGGACACGAGCUUCUGCGACGGCCGCACACCCCACUGUCCCCCUUCCAUCAACAAGCCCAACAAGACGAUCUGCAAUCGUGAAUUCGUAUGCUUUAUGGGGGAAUGUACCGGCAGUAUAUGCCUCGCGUACGGCUUGGAGUCUUGCCAGUGCAUUCCCGGCCCCAACGACCCGUCCACCAAGGCCUGCGAACUUUGCUGCCGACUUCCUGGAGAGAAUCAGCCUUGUCUGUCGUCCUUCGACUGGAACUCUCCGCCUUACGACAUCCCGGAUAUGUUCUCGAAACCAGGGACACCGUGUAACGACUACAAUGGUUACUGCGACGUGUUUCAAAAGUGUCGAGAGGUGGAUCCCAGUGGUCCAUUGGCUACUCUGAGGAAGUUUUUACUUUCCGACGAGAAUCUGGCGACCUUCCGUCGGUGGAUAAUCGACCAUUGGUAUGCGGCUGCUUUCAUCAUCCUCGCUGCGAUAUCUUUAUUGGUUGCGAGCAUGAGGGUGCUGGGCAAGCGGCCAGACCUCAAGCUCAAGUCAGUCACAAUCAUACACAGCUCGACGACGGAAACGGUUCGUCUGCCUCCGGAGGGGACAGAGGGGGUGACAGUGCAUCCCCCGGCUGUGAGAGCAAAGCUUCCGCUGAGCAGGAAGGUCAGAGAAAAGAGGAGGCACCGGAAGCAUAAGGACGCAGCGCACGGUAACGCCGAUAAGACCGGCAAGGAUGCAUCCAAGAAGAAGAAACAGCCGCCACAGGCUCCACCGAAAAGAGCACCGGCGAAUUCAGCCGAGGACUUCGCGAGGAAGAGAUCGGCGGAAGCGACGGCAGCCGUGGUUCCAGAGAACAAGCGGAAAAAGACAUUCCCAGCUAAGGAGAAGCAGACCUCGAGCAACACGGUGGCUAGCAACUCCGAGAGCGACAAGAGGAAGCGGAAGAAGCAGCACAAGAAGGAGGUGAUCGACUAUUCCGCAAUCCAAGCGGAGAAGGAGCCGGAGCCGAACGCAGACCCGAAGAGCAAGGUUAGAUCCUGGUUGCUUGCCUCGUCCCAGUGCCGACCCGAGACGAUUCGAACAACUGGGACAGGUCUGCCGAAGAGCAAGUCGACUCCGGUGGGCUUGACCAGCGCAGGAAUUAGACUACCAGCCACUAGACAGGUGAACGUCUCGCGAAGACCCGCAGAGACCAGAGAGCCUAAGCCGUCGCCUGGAAACGCGGCCAGGAAGGAAAGGGCAAAGCUGCAGGUGGUGUACAAACCGCCGUUCAGGUUCAGCGUGAAGCUGAAGAAGUCAGACAAGGUAGCUCAAGUGCCUGCCCAGCCGGCGAACGCGAGCCACGCAAACGGCAGAUCGAAGCUGCCGAGGGCCGGGGUGCUGCUCAGGACGGCCAAGAAGAAGGACAGGGUCAAGAUCGGCAGGGCCAGACAAAUAGCGCCUACAGGAAUCGGAAACGGUGCGGGUGAUUUACCUGAGCCGGCCAAUUCUGACCUGCACACUGUUCCUUCGGACCUGGAGGUGCUGCUGUCCGAGAGCGAGUUUCUCUUCUCGGACACGUGACACCGUCGCGACACGAUACUGUUCCGUGGAAUCCCGUCCGACGAGGUCGCGAGGGAACACCAGCGAUCGUUCCGCAUAGCCAUCUUGUAGUUUCGUCGUCUCGGUCUCGCUGACAACAGGCGUGCGAGGGACAACACAUACAAAAAAAAAUCAAAAUGCAAUUUAAGACGUUCGUUGUCGGUGAGAUCAAGCAGCGGAGAAAAGCACGGCUCGUUUCCGAUGCACGGUUCUUCCUCGUUUCCGUCGCUGCGAACCGGUACACUCUAUUUAGAAGAGGCUGAGCGUGCGACGCUAACGACGGGUAGCCGUGGCUGUUAGUUAAUCCGGUGCGUGGCUGCCGCACGUUUUUAUUCCGACGACUAGGACGAGAGACGCGAAAGCCCCGAAACGAGCUUCUUCAGUUCUACCGUGCUGGAAUUUAUUUUUCUACGGGUAUGUGUAACGCGAAACGCAGCCGCGCGUAUUUACACGUAUUGCGUACGCUUUCGCUCUUCUUCACGUCUUCCUAGGGUAUAAUGUACGCGUACGUACGCUAGCGUGGUGGGUGUGGAUGAAAUGAUGGUACCGUAGGACAUAGUACGCGUUUUUUUAUGGAAGAAUGCACCUCGUAACACCGCGCGCCAGUGCUAGUUUCACACGAGACCCAAGCCAAGUUUUCUUCUUCCAAAGAAAAGGGGCCAAAUUCAACUUUUAAAACGAAAGAUUACUCUACGCGCGCCGCCUGUCGCGCGAGGAUAAGCCGACGUACGCGUUAGAUUUUUUACAGAGUGUUCCAGCAUGAACGACCUUUAUGUAAUACUCGAUCUCUCGAUUCUUCUAGAAAACGUAUCAAUUUUAUUCAGAAUUUUUCUCUUGGUUCGCGUCGUAUAUUCUGGAACACUCUGUUAGUCUAAGAUCCAUACGAGAAAGGAAUCACAGUGUUUCAUACAUAGCGUCGCGUUUUCCUAUCGGGCACGGAUAUCGCUUCUGUCGAUCAUGAAGCGCGACGUUAUGGAGGAAACUCUAUUCUAGCGCGAUAUACCGUCGUAUUUUCAGGACUACAAAAGACACUUGUAAACUAUCGCUGUAUCGUGCCUAUUAUCGUACACCGCUCAUCGAAACUCGGAUGAAAGGGAUCUCGCAGUCGGAGAGGAGAAUACUUUGCUUUCCUGGCGACGAUAGUUGUCAGAGAGACAGGAUGUCCGCAGGCAGAGGUUCUCGAAUGUGUGUCUGUACACUUGGAAGCAAUGAUAGCAAGAUGGACCAUAAUCCGACUCUACUUUUCUUAAUGGAAUAGAAAGUUUUACCGAUCGA